AUGGUCUCUACCCGCCGCACGACGAAGGCUCCUUCGUCUUCUUCUCGGCCUUCUUCUCCUUCUCCUCCUCCUGCGAGUCCUCGAGGACGAAAGAGAACUCCUUCUGCGAGCACCAUCCUCCGUAGUCGUACUAAGAAGAACGGAGAGGAAGAAGACAUCCCAAUCUCGACUAAGGAGACGAAAAAUCAUCAAAAGCACGGAUACGAGUUCGGAGGCCCAAUCGGGGCGAUAUGCAUUACUAUCCUCCUCCCUUUGACGUGCUACUUCCUCGUCUUCGCGUGUAACGAAACCACGGGAUGCGAUUUAAUUGAAUCAAUCAUCGGUUUAGCAAAAGAGAAGAAGAAGAACUCGUUUUCUUUGUUGAUGAUUCCGGAGAAGAUGACACCAGUGUUUUCUCUGGAAAGCUGCGUCCUGUUUCUGGGAUGGAUCGGAUGGUGCGUAAUGUUACACGCGCUUUUACCAGCAUCAAUCGUGAAAGAAGGCGUUGAUAUCACAAGUGGUGAAAGCGGUGGUGAAAAAGCGAGAUUCAGAUUGCGGUAUAAACUGAACGGAUUCCGCGUAUUUAUGACGACGGCGGUGGCGUGCGCGGUUGGGACGUACUUUGGCCAGAUUCAGUUGCGGUCGUUGCACGCGAAAUUUUUGAGUUUGCUCACCGCCGGGUGCGCUUUUGCGUUCGCGUUGACGACGUUUUUGUACGUCGCGUCGUUUAGAGUGAACAAAAAUGAUAAAAGUAAGAAGAAGAAGAAGACGAGGAAAAAUGAUGGCAUCGAUAACGGGCCGGUUGUGUUGGCGAACGGCGGAAACACCGGGAACGUGGCGUACGAUUGGUUCAUCGGGCGAGAAUUGAACCCUCGAUUUUCGAACAGUUUGUUCGACGCGAAAGUAUUUUGCGAGUUAACUCCGGGAUUAAUAGGAUGGUUGCUUUUGAAUUUCGGGUUCAUGCACGAACAGUACGCGCGAUUAGGUUUCAUCACGAAACCGAUGGUUCUCGUCAACGCGUUUCAACUGAUGUACGUCGUCGACGCGUUGUGGAACGAACCGGCGAUUUUAACCACCAUGGACGUCACCACGGACGGCUUCGGUUUUAUGCUCGUGUUUGGCGAUUUAGUGUGGGUCCCAUUCACGUACUCUUUACAAUGCCGAUACAUACUCGAAAACAACGUGGACAUUUCUUUGGCGAUGACCGCAUUCAUCGUCAUCGUCCAAGCGACUGGGUACUACGUCUUCCGCCAAUCCAACGGCCAAAAGAACACCUUCCGCACCAACCCGAACGACCCGUCCGUGAGACACUUGAAAUCGCUCAAAACCAAACGAGGCACCAACUUAUUAAUCUCCGGUUGGUGGGGCGUCGCUCGACACGUCAACUAUUUCGGCGACUGGUUGAUGGCGUGGGCUUGGUGCUUACCUUGCGGUUUCGACCAUAUCGCGCCGUAUUUUUACGUCGCGUACUUUGGCGUCUUGUUAGUCCAUCGAGAUUUACGCGACGGUGAACAGUGCGAGUUGAAAUACGGAAACGAUUGGAAACGGUACUGCGAGAUUGUCAGGUUUAGAAUUAUUCCGUACGUUUAUUAA